CUCACAAUAACAAACUGCAGCUGAUUUAGGAUUCCAGGACCGCUCGCUGGAGAAGUGCACUCUACACGCCCUAGAGCUGUCUGCGCGAAGGCCGAUACCGGCCGCGGAUCUUGGAGAGUCAUCGUGCAUGCCGUAGGAAAAGCACAUGGAUGAUUCACAACGCUGAAUCAAACCUUGCAUGAUCGUAGCCUUGGAUUCGCUUUCUCGAUCAUCUUCGCCCUACUCGUCUCUCCUAAAGUUUCCUUACUUCUGCGUACCUGUACCGAUAUUGUCCACCCCGAGCAUCGGCAGAGAUGGGUGUCUUCUAUGAAACGAUACCAGAUAGUCUGGUGCCGUGGAUGCUUGAGCAGCAGAUGCUCUGGGUCGGAACGGCCCCCCUGUCAGGCGACGGGCACAUCAACAUCUCUCCCAAGGGUGGGCAGAAUUUCGGCAUCAUCGAUGAGCGCACCUUCUGGUACAUGGACCUGACGGGCAGCGGCGUCGAGACGCAUGCACAUCUGCAUGAGCCAGGGAAUGGACGGAUAUGUGUCAUGUUCAUGGCCUUUGUCGGCCCCCCACGCAUCGUGCGCAUCUGGGGCGAUGGUCACCCCAUCGAAAACGGCACACCAGAAUGGGACGCGUUUGUGCGUGAGCGCAAAGUCCCAGUUAUCCCCGGGAGUCGCAGCAUCAUCACCGUCAACGUACACCAGUGCGCGACAAGCUGUGGCUUCAGCGUGCCGUACUACGACUUCAAAGGCCACCGGCCCAUCCUCGACGACCACUUUGCCAAGAAAGAAGCAAAGUUCCUCGCAGGCAAGGAAGAAGAGUCCAUGGACCGGUACUGGGCGUGGAAGAGCCAGUUGAGCAUCGAUGGGCUGCCGGGCAUGAAGCGCGGAUAUGAGUAUGCGCUGAAGAACAAGGUGCAGCCGUUGAAGAAGAUGGUCGGGCCGUAUGCACCCAGCGCGCCACGCUCAGCGUCGCGAGUCGAACCUGUGCAUUUGUUGCUGGUCUUGUUGCUGGGCAUUGUGAUUGGAGGUGCGCUGGCGUUGAGCGUGGUUACGCCGGAGCGACUCCAGACGCUGCAGAAGAAGGGGCAACUACUCUAAAACGUGAUUCGCGAAUAAGAUGUGGUCAUCAUGG